GUGAUUCCGGGAGAACAAGCCAAGCGAAUGAAGUUCUUAUUUGUAGUAUACAUGAAAUAGUACCACUACCUUUCCAAAGAUUACCGCAGAUCUUAAAAUAUUCGUAUAAAGUUAGUUGUCCAUGUGUCUGAUAUGGACGGACACAGGAGUAAGUACAUCCUUCUAAACAAUCGUCAUGGAUGCACAAAGCGACUAAGCAAUCGUUAUGGAAACUUCUGUCUUACACUCGAUGACAUUCUCGACACGUUGCCAUUACCGACUGAAGCAAUUCGAGGUGAGUUAUUAGCGAAAGCUGACUACGAGCCUUGUAAUCAACAUCUUUCAAGAGUUGGAAGAAUGGCGCUCGUUGGAAUCGAUAGAAAGGAACUACAUCUUGAAUGUGGCAAGGAAGAUCUAUUUAAACUUUCAGAAGAAGAUGCUUCCUUGCUUCUAGCAAUUUCUGAUCUGAAGUUGAGAUGUGAAACGUUUGCAAAGCAAAUUCAAAAUGUUUCGGGUCGUCUUUCGCUGGGAAGAGCAGUCUCUGUGUUACUAUCAUCAGGAAGAUCGGUACCCGGUGUUCUACGUUACAUGGGUGAAUUGCCACGUAAGAUUGGAACUUGGUUUGGAGUUGAAUUGAUGGGUGAUCCCAAAUAUCCAAGGCAAGGAUCGUGUGAUGGGACAUACGGCGAAGGAAGAAGAUAUUUCAUAUGUGAAGAAGACUCGGGUGUUUUUGUGAAUUUGGCUGAACUGGUACCUCUGACAGGAAUAAAUGUCCCUGUCAUUAGCAUUGACCAAAGGGUCGUGUAUAGCCAAGCCAAAGGAACGCUACGCUACAUCGGAGAAGAAAGAUACUCAAAUAGUAACGUGCGAACUAUUGCUGGCUUGGAAAUGGAUGAAAAAAUUGGAAUGGGCAACGGUAGAAAGAAUGGAUUUCAACGCUUUGUUUGUCGGAAAGAUCAUGCAAUCUUUGUUACUAUAGAUAAUAUUCUACCAUUAAACUCCAUUGAUGAGAAGCCUAGCGAGGCGCUAAAAAAUGAACCGUCAGGGAAACAAGGUCCAAAGAAGGAGGUGGAAGAGCAGAUUGACGAUGAUGGUCGAUGUGCAAGAUCACUACUGAGCCAUGCUGAUGAUCAAGCUGAUGGAACAUCCAUAAGUAGGUGCAGAUGUAUCAGAGAUAGACCGUCAAUUUUUAACUUCCAUCACACACAAUUUAAUUUUAAUUUUCCCCGCUGUGACAUGGGAAGUUCUUAUUUUUAUGACCAGACAUUUGGAGGAGAAGGAACCAAAUUUAAUUGCAAGCUUGUAGGCAUAACAGAUGUUGUUUGUCACGAGGGUGGGGAUAUGUGUGCUGAGGCUUUUAAGCAAUUAAAGGUGCAGGCAAAGAAAAAGAGAGAGCAUAAACAGAAGGUGGCACUGUUUGUUAGUUUGGCAGGUGUCAGGAUAGUGGAUGAAAAUACCCAAAAAGUGCAGUAUGUACAUCCUGUCAAGAUAAUAUCAUAUGUCACUCUUGACCACCAUGAGAGCAAAAUAUUUGGCUAUGUAUGCAGCCAGCCCAAUUGCCCCACUGGAUAUCAGUUUUAUGCUUUGAAGUCAGAAGAAAAUGCACAGGUCAUCGUUGAUGCCAUGGUUGAACUUUUUCAAGUAUCCUUCAGUCGUAGACAAGAUCAUGCAAGAUCAACAAAGGAGCCGGUCCCCCACAGUUCACAUCAUGUGUUAAAUGGUUCUGUUGAGUUUAUUGCUCAGCUUCAGCAGAUGAAACCCGAUGCAAGCAAAGUCAAUGACAAGAGAGACCUAAAACUUGAGUUGAAGAAAAUUGCUUCGGACAAGGGCUUCAGAAUUGUUGACAAUGAAGGAUCUGGAAAUUGCAUGUUCUAUGCUUUGUCAGAUCAACUGGAAAUUGCUAUGAGAAUCAAAAUCGAGCAUGAUGAAUUAAGACAAAUAUUGGUCCAGUACCUCAGAGAAAACCCUAAACUAGUAAGUUGA